AUGGGGACGAAGGUCAAGUGGAAGGAUCGACAGAAUUCUGGAAGGAGUGGACUGGGGUCGCGGAAGCUGGGCAGUCGAUGGCAAGGGCCGUUUAUCGUCAACGACUGCCGGGGGAGCGUCUAUAUCAUUCAAGAUGGUCGAGGAUCGAAAGUAGUGAAUGGGACGCAGCUUCGCAGGUGGCAUGAUACACCCGAAGAGCGGCCGAUCCGAAACAUGACGUCAAUUCAUACGGAUCGCCCUCCGCAGCCAUUGGUAGACCACAAUAGAUGUGGGCGGAAUGGCUGCCCGUCGAACGUCAAACGCGGUUUGCAAGGCCACGCCUGGAAGGCCUGGUGGCAUUUCAAAUGCACGGGUUUACAGGACGACCAGAUAAGCCGACCAACCAACUCUCCUGCCCCGUUAGUCUUUGCCAGCUGCCUCUACGUCAAGGAUGCAAUGCAUACCGCAGCGAAGACAAGAGUCCCUCGAAACGGUACCCACUCCCCAGUGCAGAUGCCGAAAGACCACUGCCACUGUUCCGCUUUAAUCGGGAUACUCGACGCGAAAUUAGAGCGUCUUUCGAAGGCAUUGGAGGACUCAGGCGCUAAGAAUGCAGCGACCUGGGCAAAAGUCGACAAGGAACAUUCCUCGCUGAACCAAUACCUCCUGAUCACUAUUAGACAUUUAUUUAUGCGAAUCCUCGCGCUGGCGAGCAUACUGCCCCGCGCUGAGAACAUAAAGAGCAGUGCUACACCCUUUUUUCACUUGUGCCUUCCAGGUGAACGACAGCCACUGACCUACAAGAACAAAACCGACCCGGGAAACUUGGGCAAAAGCCUCGAUCCUGUGUAUCAAUCCGUGAAUCCGUGA